AUGAUGGAUUCUGCAGCAACCCUGGCAGAUGCAAUGGAUCGACGUCUGACCGCGUUCGAAAACAAGCUAGAACAACUUUCGAGACCAGUCUCGGUGCCUGAAAACUCACUUCCAGACGCUUCUGGAAUCACAUCAGUCUCGUGGAGAAGGCAACAACGUUUGAUCGGCAACACGCCCAAAGCUAAUCCGCCUCAGCGAUUUAGGAAGCCCCGCGUCUUGGUAAGGAACCGGGCGAAAGACAACGACCGGCUACUCCGAGCCAUUCAAAAAAUAACCAUAGAGAGAAGAGCACAGACAUAUUCCUGUAUAACAUCCACCCGGCCUCUGCAGCAAUGA